AUGAUCUACAAACUUCAUCCAGAAUUGAUAACGAAGAUAGCAGAACACAUUGAGUUUUAUGAAGAUUUUGAGACGUUUGGUAAACUCUGUACGUGCUGGAGAAAAGCUAUGAAACUUGCUGAUAGAUCAGCAGCAUCGCGUCAAACCCCUCAGCUAAUGCUUGCACCUGAAAGCGGCAAUAUUUAUUCAAAGGACCAAUUAUACAGCUUCCACAGCCGCAAGAUCAGCAAGCUAGACUUGCCGACUCCAGAGGAUGAUCCUGAUGGCAUGUGGCAGUACAUAGUGUCAUCGUCGCAUGGGUGUCUAUUUUAUGUAAACGAUACAGGUGCAGUGAAUAUUGUGAUCAGUCUAGUGCAUCCAAUUUCCAAGGAGGCAAUUAGAACCCCUGAGCUCCCAAGUGAUCUAAUGUGGAAACUCAAAAAUUAUGAAGACUUUGCAUCCUAUGUUCGCAGCGAUGUGAAUUUUGCUUUGUCCGAAACUGAGGAUAGCGACGAUGUCCACACUGUCGCGAUUUGGAAUAGCAAAGAAAAUUAUUGGGUGGUGAAGGAACUAAGUGCUGAUGAGUAUGAGAUGACAACAAACAUUACUGUCACUUUUCACAAGGAGGAAUUUUAUAUCUGUGAUGAGAGCAGUAAAACGAUUGUUGGAUUUGUCAUCAAAGACGAUGCCAUAUGCACUCGGCUUCUAUUCGUUAAACCUCCGUGGGAAGAGGCCGAGGACAGGGAAAAGAUAUACUUGGUGGGAUCAGGUGACGCGCUACUACUAGUUCGUUGUAAGCUUCCCAAUCCCUCUCGCCAUGGUACUUUCUAUUUCAGGAUGUGA